CCUGCCUCUCAGCUGCAGAAACUCCCCGCGCCCCACUAGACCCCACCCUGCUGCGAUUGUAGCUGACACUCACUGCCCCUCUGCAGCGGUGAGGGGGCUGGGCUGGCCAGGCUCCCUUCCUGGGGAACGGUUACGGGUUGGAAGGGGGGUUGGGCUCAGUCCAGUCAGCCUCAUGGAUCCCACCGAGGACCCAUCUCUGCCCUGGGACACAGACAGCGCCAGCUCCAGCACGCAGGGGGACAGAGCCUGGGGGGCCGGGGCCGGCCCGGUGGGGGCCAGCAGCCUGCACUGUAGCCUGGAGGAGCUGCUGGCCCGACGGGAGUUGGGGGGGCGCCGGGAGGCCAAGCCACGGGGCAGCCGCCUCUGCCGGUGCCCCCCUCCUGCCCCCCUGGGCCCAGAGGGCAGCGACGGGGACACCUCUGACAGCGGGGCCGAGUCGCCCGUCUGCAUGGAGCCCCCACGGGCGCCCGUCCUCUGCCAGCAUGUCGCCGGCACUGCCACCGCGCAGCUGUGGUGGGUCACCCCCCAUGGGAGCGACUGGGUGUCUCUCUAUGAGCUGCGUCUGCAGGAGCCCAGCGGGACCCGCAGCCAGUGGUUCUGUGCCCAGGCGCCCGAGCGGCUGCAAAACCUGAGCCCUGGAACCCAGUACCGGAUCCACGUGCGGGCCCUCAAUGCAGCGGGCCCUGGGCCCUGGAGCCCCCCCUACACAUUUGCCACAGUGCCUCGUGCAAAAGAAGCCAUCCCUGUCAUGGUCACCGUGCGGCGGCGGCUGGAUCCCCGCAGGAAAACGCUCUAUUUACCCGGCCCCUAGGGGGUGCCAUGGGGUG